UCAAUCCCUCUCUCCCCAUUUUUCCCGGUAAUGCUUCAAUUUCAUCUCGAGAUCUACAAAGCCUCUUCAUUUCCUCUCCAUCAAUCCAUCUCCGCAUCUGCUCAAUCAUCUGCAAAAAAGGGGGGGGGGAAGAAUAAUUGGAUGGUGGAAAGGGGCAGAGAGAGAUUUAAGGUUUGAUGGGCAAUACAUGCCGUGGAUCAUUGGGAGACAAGCCUUCAGAGGUGUAUAGUGAGCCGGAAGAGCAGCUGAAUUCGAAGUCCGAUUCCUCCUCCCGGAGCGGUGAAGACGCCCACCCCAGCCCUAAAAAGGAGCAUAGUUUGCCGCCGGUGAUUUGCCCCAGCAAAGACAGCCACAGCAGCAGCAUCGUCAUGACCCGAGGCAUGGCCAACCAGGCUCACUUCGUCAUGGGCCACAAGACGGCCAAUAUCCGGGAUCUAUACGUGCUCGGGCAUAAACUCGGGCAGGGGCAGUUCGGUACGACUUAUCUCUGCACUGAGAUCGCCACGGGUUUACAAUUCGCUUGUAAAUCGAUAACGAAGAGGAAGCUGAUCUCCAAGGAGGAUGUGGAGGAUGUUAGGAGGGAGAUCCAGAUAAUGCACCAUCUGGCUGGUCACAAGAAUAUCGUCACGAUUAAGGGGGCGUACGAGGACACUCUGUAUGUCCACAUUGUCAUGGAGCUUUGCAAUGGAGGUGAAUUGUUUGACCGGAUUAUACAGAGGGGGCACUACACGGAGCAGAAGGCGGCUGAGCUGACUAAGAUCGUCGUUGGUGUUGUUGAGGCUUGCCAUUCGCUCGGAGUUAUGCAUAGAGAUCUUAAACCGGAGAAUUUCUUGUUGGUUAACAAGGAUGAUGAUUUCUCUCUUAAAGCUAUUGAUUUUGGACUCUCUGUUUUCUUCAAGCCAGGGCAGAUUUUCACUGAUGUGGUCGGAAGCCCGUAUUAUGUUGCACCUGAAGUUCUGUUGAAGCAUUACGGGCCACAAGCUGAUGUGUGGACAGCAGGAGUCAUCCUCUACAUAUUGCUUAGUGGUGUGCCUCCGUUUUGGGCUGAAACACAGCAGGGGAUAUUUGAUGCUGUUUUGAAGGGUCACAUUGACUUUGAAUCCGACCCAUGGCCACUGAUAUCGGAGAGUGCUAAGGAUCUUAUUCGGAAGAUGCUAUGCAUGCAUCCUGCAGACCGUGCAACUGCUCAUCAAGUAUUAAGUCAUCCUUGGAUAUCUGAAAAUGGCGUUGCUCCUGACAGAGCCUUGGACGCGGCUGUACUUUCUCGCCUUAAGCAAUUUUCUGCAAUGAAUAGGUUGAAGAAAAUGGCUUUGAGGGUAAUAGCUGAAAGCUUGUCAGAAGAGGAGAUAGCCGGCUUAAGAGAGAUGUUUACGGCCAUGGACACUGACAACAGUGGCGCAAUCACAUUUGACGAACUCAAAGCUGGUUUGAGGAAAUAUGGUUCCACAUUGAAGGAUACAGAAAUUCGUGAUCUUAUGGAUGCGGUAUGGGCGUAUCUUGUCAAUAAGUUUAUAGUCUGUAUGCUUCUUGUUCGGUUCUUCAGUAAGAUUUUUUUAUCAAUAUGUUUAAAGUUUCUGUCAUUCAUAGUUGAAUUGUUAUUAUGCUUGCAGGCUGAUGUAGACAACAGUGGGACGAUUGAUUACGGAGAAUUUAUAGCAGCGACAAUGCACUUGAAUAAACUCGAGCGUGAGGAACAUCUUUUGGCAGCGUUUCAUUAUUUUGACAAAGAUGGAAGUGGCUAUAUUACAUUUGAUGAACUCCAGCAAGCUUGCGAAGAACAACACAUGUCGGAUAACUUCAUUGAAGAUAUCAUCAAAGAAGUUGACCAAGAUAACGAUGGAAGGAUCGAUUAUGGGGAAUUCGUUGCUAUGAUGACAAAGGGUAAUGCUGGCAUCGGAAGGCGCACGAUGCGAAACAGCUUGAAUAUGAGCAUGAGAGACGCUCCGGAAGCCCUUAGCUUUUCGCUUUAAACUCGCCACAGGUCUAGUGAGACAGCAUACCCCUUACCUGACCUUCACCCAUCAAUUCAAUCCCGAUUGACCUAUUAAACCGUUAGCCCGACUUGCAUAGGACUAGGGCGCGGUGUACAGGAAGAAGAAUGUUAGACAAGGUUCGGCUAAAUAUGCCUCUUAAAGUGAUGCGUGUUCAAGUACUUGGGACGGUACUCGUGUCUCUGCGAAACUAGACAGGUUGUGACCUUCAUACUGGAGAUAGGAAUGUUGUAAUUUAGAUUAGUGAACUACUACAGCAGCGGAUGCUUGGUAAUCUAUUUAUAGUGUUGUAAUUUUGUC